AUGCUGCGUCCCCAGUUGCUUCUGCGGACGGCGUCGCGCUCUGCUGCCGCCGCCCGUCGGUCGCAGGUCCAGUUCAGAGCCGCGUUGAGCUCCGCCGCGCGUCUGCAAAAGGACGACGACGGGAAACCGCAGAAACCACCCAUGCCGGACGAUGAAAUCUACCAUGCCACCACCGUAGGCCAGCCCGGUGCCUUUGGCGAGCAUGAGGGCCAGUAUGCCCGUACGGACGAGAGCAUCACAGUCGAGUACCCCGACGAGGCGGAUCUGCCUCGAGCCAGACCCAUUGUGGGUCGUGGGGGCCCGCAUUUCAAGAGGACGCUGGCGAGCUUUUCAAUGGAGGGCAAGACGGCCGUUGUCACUGGCGGAGCCCGGGGGCUGGGCUUGGUGAUGGCGCAGGCGUUGGCUGAAAGCGGCGCGGACGUCGCCCUGGUCGAUUUGAACAAGGAGGAGGGUCAACGGAGCGCCGAAGAGAUGACGGCCACGCUGCGGAAGGAAGCGGACUACUCGACCCACAUUCCGAAAAUCACUGCGCACUAUUGCGACGUAUCGUCACCGACCAGCGUCUCGGACUGCAUCAAGUCCGUGCUUGAGGCGCAUGGCAAAAUCGACACGCUUGUGACGUCUGCUGGCUUCACGGAGAACUACGACGCUAUCAACUACCCAUACGAUCGCAUGCAGAAGCUGUGGGGCGUCAACGUAGACGGCACAUACCUGUUCGCCACCGGCGUGGCCAAGCAUCUGAUGGAACGCAAGGCCCCAGGCAGCAUGGUCUUCAUCGGCAGCAUGUCCGGAGCCAUCGUCAACGUUCCGCAGCCACAGGCUCCCUACAAUGCCGCGAAGGCGGCCGUGAGACAUCUCGCCGCCUCCUUGGCUGUGGAGUGGGCAGGCGCGGGCAUUCGCGUGAACAACAUCUCCCCUGGUUACAUGCUGACGGCCCUCACGCGAAAGAUUCUUGACGACAACCCUUCGCUCGCCAAGCAGUGGACCAGCCUGAUUCCCGUCGGUAAGAUGGGUGUCCCCGAGGACUUGAUGGGCGCCGUCACGUUCCUCGCUAGCGACGCGAGCAGUUACGUGACUGGCGCAGACUUGCGUGUCGACGGUGGCUAUACUGUCACGUAA